CUACUGCUGACAUCUAUGGGAACUACAGGGAAGUCUAUAUUCUGAUCAAAUCUAGUGAUUCACCAUUGAAUAUUAUUUUAGCUUAAAUCACUAGACUCAAGGAAAACUUUGGUUUUAAGCAUUUCAUGAUAAAAUGUUGAUCAAUGAAAUUCCCGAUGAUUGUUUGCUCGCCAUUUUUGACUAUAUAAUUGACCUGGAUGAUUUAAUAAACUGCUAUAAGGUGUGCGUUAAAUGGAGACAUUUAAUUGCUAAGCGGACUAAAAAAGUUAAAUAUUUGAUCGGUCAGCGUGGUUAUUCAUCUGAUGCUGUUUAUUUUCAAAGACCAUGUGUGCGUGAUGUAACCUACCUGAGUAAAUUAUUUACAAAUUUACAAAUUGCCGAAUUGUCUCCUGGAUUACAUCUCAAAGUAGAAGACGCAAUUGAAUUUGUUAGCAAACAAGAAUCGUUGAGAGGAUUAAUCAGUAGAUAUCGCAAACCAAUAGAAAAAUAUUGUGAUCAACUCGAAAUGCUUUCUGUCAAUCAUUUCAAUCCAAACAAUUUACGAAAUGGUUCCAGCAUAAAGCAAUUGGACAUUUGGAAUUAUAGUCUAGAGGAUUUGAAAAGAGAUGCACAUUAUAUGCCAAACCUUGAAAGACUAAAGGUUGAAAUAGAUGUUCCAGAUAAUCCCUACGAUGGUCCGGUAUUGGAAAAGCUCAAAAUACUUGAGAUGGCCUUCCGUCGUCCCUGUCAUAACAUUUUUUAUGGUUUCCAGUUCAUGGAUUCAUGUCCAAAUUUACAAAGCGCACAUAUUUUGAUGAGCGCUAAUACUUCGUUUUUUGAUGAAACAUUGAAACACAAAUGUUUACAAGAUUUAGUCUUUCAAUUUUAUGGACUUGAUAACGCAGAUGAUACCUGGAAUUAUUUUAAAAGAUUGUUCAAGAAAUUUCCGAAUCUCAAACAUCUUGCGUUGAGGGGCCAUUGUAUUAUAACAGAUGAACAUAUCGAGCAGUUGGUUCACAUUUUACCCAAUUUAGUGCUAUUGGAUGCUGUUGAGUGUCAGGAAGUCACUCAAAGAGCUGCUGAUUAUGUUCAAGAUUAUUGUAAAAGAUAUGGACGAUCAAUCAAAUUUUACUACAAUGGAAAUGAACACGAAAUCAAAUCAGAUUGGCCGCAGUUAUCCAAUGAAUACGAAGUAAUUAGUCGAGGCUUUGAUUUCAUGAAACAUUGCUUCCGCAAAGACUGGAUAUAUGUGGACCUUUCAUGUUUAUUGGUUCCAAUUGAUUAUUGAAAAUGCAUAUUAUCUAUUGGCUAACCUAAAGAGAUGUCUUUGUGGUCAAAGGAUUACAACUUUAGAUCCGUAGAUAACUUUCAUCGAGGUUGCAAAAAUAAUGACUAUAGGUAAAAGAUAAAUUGGAUAAAAUUGGAUCCUUAAAAUUAGAAUCUCUAUUUUUUGUGUUGCAACAAUUCAAUCAACUGCUGACAUCUAUGUGGACUACGGAGGAAAACAAUUUCAAAUGAUACAUUCUGGUAAUCAAUCAAAUCUAGUGAUUGGCCAUUAAAUACCUUUGUAUCAACAAUCAUUAGAUGCAACGGAAAACUGUAGUUUUAAGUAAAACUGCAAUUUUAUUUAAUAUGUCGUUCAAUGAAAUUCCCGACGAUUGUUUGCUUGCCAUUUUUGAUUAUAUCGUUAACCUGGAUGAUUUAAUAAACUGCUUUAAAGUGUGCGUGAAAUGGAGCAAUUUGAUUGCUGAGCGGACUAAAAAAGUUAAAUAUUUGAUCGAAAUUUAUAUUUCCAGGUAAGCGUGAUUAUUCAUCUGAUUAUGUUUAUUAUCAAGGAUCACGGCGAAUUGAUUCAACCUACCUUGGUACAUUAUUUACAAAUUUGAAAAUUGCUGAAUUGUCU